AUGUAUUCUGUUCAAACAAGCUUUCCCAAAGACUCCUCUAUAAGUUGUCUUCAUGAAAAUAGCAACGGCCUCACAUAUCAUUUAGAAGUAGUUCAAAAUCCCACCAGAGCUCGAGCAACAGGAUGGGGUUCGAAAGCUGAUGCAAGACGACCCGUCGAUCCACCUCCUGUCUUAAAGUUUGAAAUUAGGGAUUCAGACGGCAAGCGAAUAACACAUGAAUCUCGGAGUAUGUUUAUAGUACACACAUCUUUACUUUCAGUAGAUGGUUAUAUUCCUUCAAAUGACACAAAUGAAGGAUUCCCAACGCCUUCGCGACUCGCAGGCACAACAAUAACCUCUUUAACUCAUGUUCGUAACCCACUUCCAGGAAAGUUCCUCUUUAUAUUUAACGACUUAUCAAUUCGACAAGAGGGUCAAUAUAAACUUAAGUUUCGGAUGUACGAGGUUUUGUCGGAUCAGGGAAUAGUUAGAUUUAGAACAGAAACGAUAUCAUCUGUAAUCACCGCUUAUUCACCAAAGAACUUCCCUGGAUUAGCAACUUCUAGUGACCUUAUAAAAGAGAUUGCUCAGCAAGGUCAUAAAGUUCGUGUUAGAAAAGAAUCAACUCUUAACAGACGUCGAAAGAGAAGUGCAUUUGAGAUUCCGCAGUCGUUGCCGGUCACUGAUUCUAACUUUAAUAUCGUCAACUCAAGUAAUAAAUCAAGAGACCCGAGCUUUCCAGAAUCUAAUGUUGACAUAGGUAUACUACAUGCUGACUCUAGAAUCAAUCAUGACAAAUACUCUAAAAGCCCUUCAUCUAUCUCACCUGAGUUAGGGCAUAAAACUUUAUCGGAAUCUCCCAUUUUCAACAAGGACACUCAAAACUACCUAACCCUUGGAAACCAAACCAAUUCCCCAAUAAGUUUUCAAGAUACUGCUCAAUGUUCUUCAGGGAGUUUAAUAGGUUCUGGCUCGGAAUCACCUUUAAUUAUUUCGAAACACUUUGCUCCAGUAUCAGCUACCCAAAUUCAGAGUGAAGUAACCAUGAUGAAAUUAAUACCUAUUAGAGAUGAAUGGCAAGAAAUGACUGGAUAA